AAGGAAUUCAGACAUGCGUCGAAAAUACCAGUAAAGCCACCUCAGUGAAUGCUCAGAGCUGAGAAUUUACAUGGUUUUCGCCAAGAAGAACAUUCGAAACUCCUGGAGCAUUGGACAUCUUAUUUUGUUUAUUUCUGCUCAACUUAUAUAAUUAUAAGUAGAGGAAGUUCAAUUCAAGGAAGUUACAGCAACAUGAGGUUACUUGUUUUCGUGUUGUGUGUUAGCAUCUCUUAUGCUAUUCUUACUGGUGUUCCAAUGAAAAUGACUGCCGAUCAACUCACUGACGACAAAUUUAAGCCAGCAUUACAAACAGCGCAACAAUUAUUCAAUGAGAUGUCAAACUAUACAGACUACUAUGUCAUUUCCCAAAUUGUGAAUGGUACAUCCCAGGUUGUUCAAGGUGUGCUGUAUAGAUUCACGGUUGUUUUUAUACCAACUAAUUGCAGCAAGAUUGAGGUGGUAAUGCCUGAGCUUUCUCCAUAUUGCGAGUUGAGACUUGAUGAGGAAGAAAUCUGUUUGGUGAAAGUGUGGAGUCGAGUGUGGCUUGAAGGUGAAAAUAAAACGAUCACUACAUUAGGGAACUGCUCUCAAGCUCUCAUGUGAUGGAGAUAUAGACAUUUACAGGUGAUAAUUUUAUGAUUUACUGCUCCUUGACAAAACUAUAUAACAAUUUCCUUUUUUUUAAAUAAAGUUUUUUAUAAUUUGUCCA